UAAGGUAAUUUAUGAUAAAGAAACGUUUGCAAGCAAACAGGAAGAGCUUGUAAAAAGUGAGGAGAAAGAACUCGUGGCACAAAAAGCUUAAGAUAUCAGAGGGAAAAAAAAACAAUCACCAUGGCAGGACGUGGCAGAGGAAGAGGUAAACCUACUAUGUCAAUUAGUACAGAACAACUGGGUUUCUCUAAAGGUGAAGCAUUGCCACCACCGGUUUUACAACCUCCUCCAAAGUAUCCUCCGUUGGAAUACAAACCGCUACCUCUAAUUGUUACAACCGAAAUGAGUUAUUUAUUGGAGCUUAAAAGAGAGUUUGCAGAAUACACAAGAGAGUCACCGAAUAAUGUUCUACCUGUUGUGAUUAAAAAAGAUAUCGAAAGGUAUUCGGACCGAUAUCAAGACUUAAUCACUGACAAAAGUAGUUACGAAACCAGGUACGAUUGGACUAGAAUGCCGGCAGAAUUGAAACCUCAGCCGCGAAAACGAAAAGGACAGAAAGUAGAUAAGUCUGAUAAAAAACAAAAGAAUAUCGACAUAGAAACAAAGUUGCAAGAGUUGGAGAAGAAGGAAAGUAUGCAGCAAAGCGACGCGGAAGAAGAAGAGAAAGAAGAGGAAGAAUCCGAAGAGAAGGAUGAGGAACACGCGGAAGACGAGGAAGAGGAAUUGGAUGAAGAGAUGGAUGAAGGAACCGAUUACGUGAAUAAUUAUUUCGAUAACGGAGAAGGUUAUGACGAUGAAGACGAUAAUUUAGACGAUGGACCUAUUUAUUAACGCAUGAUCUUUUAUAUAAGAAUCGGAAAUUCCUCUUUACUCUGAAUUAUCGAACUAGAAUACUUACAAGCUGCUAAUUGACCACUGAUUGUAUGAGCUUAGGUGUACCCGUUCCUUCAAAGAAUUGUACACAGGAUGAGCCACUAGAAGCUGUAGCAUCAAAAUAACUUGUAAUUCGUUAAUAUUGGUAAAGAAAGAAAAAGUUUUUUAUGCCUCAAGAGACUCUCAUAAUGAAAAUUUACAGUUUCUAGCGACUUAUCGUGUAAUCAGGAAAUGGAAGGAAAUCGAUGAUGGAACAAUGAAGAAAACAAUCAAGGGUGUCACAGGAAGCGUCGGCGUGUUCUUUAUUACGAGUAUUUCAAUUUCUAAUAUAUAAUAUAUAUAUAUAUAUUUAUAUAUAUAAUAUAUAUAUAUAUAUAUAGCCAUAAUAAUCUGCAAUUAUUGUAAUAAAUGAUCCUCCUCUACGAUGCAAUCGGAGAGUAAAAACGUAACUUUGGACGAGAAGGGGAUGCGCAAAAGUACCGUAGUGUUACGUAAUGCUUACGUUUACGUUCGCCAGGUAAUAGUUCCAUUAUUAAUCCCAAAUAUUAUUCAUCAUCUCUCGCUUUAUCGCAACAAUAAUUCCUAUUCGUCUUCGCUCUCGGAAUGUGCACUCUGAACGCGCAGAAAAGGAUUGUGAAAA